UGGGAGGAGAAGGAGGAGGGAGUGAACGAGAGGAAGGAGAAGCCUUCUCAGUUUCUGUGAGUCCUGCUGGCUGUAGGCUACAGAAUGAGCGCAGUUGCUUUCCUCUCAGUCUGAGAGGCAACUGCUGUUUUUUUUGGUUUUUUUCUUUUGUUUUUUUUUGUUUUUCCUUUUCUUUGUGUGCCACACAUCAGUAGGAGACACUGCAGAUUUGCUUCCCUUUCAUCUUCUUCUUUUUUUUAACCUGUCUUCUACUUGUCUGUUAUUAUUUUUGUUGCCAUGCCGGUAGUUGGCGUAGCUUCCAAGCUUAGGCAACCCUCUGCAGUGGGCACGAAGCCAGUGCACACCGCUCUCCCCAUCCCUAGCGCGGUCAGAGCGGCCACCUCGCAGGGCUACAUGGCCCGACAGCAGGAACUCAGGACAAGCGAAGGUACCCUGGGGCUCUCCUGCCAGCUGUCAGUCAAGUCUGAAUACAAGCGAGAGAAGAGCCCAGAAGGGAAGUCCAAAGCCGAGACGGAGGAGAGCAAGAUCUGCAAGAUCUACACAGACUGGGCCAAUCACUACCUGGCCAAGUCUGGCUGUCCGCGUCUCAUCAAGGACCUGAGCCAGGAUGUCACAGAUGGAGUCCUGCUGGCACAGAUCAUCCAGAUCAUAGCGAAUGAGAAGGUGGAGGAUAUCAAUAGCAGCCCCAGGAGCCAGUCGCAAAUGAUUGAGAAUGUGGAUGCCUGCCUCAGUUUCCUGGAUGCCAGAGGAGUGAAUGUACAAGGGCUCUCAGCAGAAGAAAUCAGGAAUGGCAACUUAAAGAGUAUCCUGGGUCUCUUCUUCAUCCUGUCACGCUACAAACAGCAGCAACAGCAACAGCAGCAGUAUUACCAGUCCCUGGUGGAGCUCAGCCAGCAGACCAGCAGCACCGCAUCAUCUGCCAGCAGCCACAAAUCACAAGAGAUGCAGUCCAGUCUCACAGCACGAUAUGCAAGUCCUCCAGGCCACAGUGGAAUAGGUUCACCACAGAAGAAAAACACCAGGUUACCAGGGCCCUCCAGAGUACCUGCUGCGGGCAGCGGCGCCUCCAGGAGCCCAGGCUCAUCCAACCUCAACCGUCGGAGCCAGAGCUUCAACAGCAUUGACAAGAGCAAGCCUCUUCAGUAUGCCAGUGGCAAUGAUAGAGAGGCUGUGAGAGGCAUCCCGGUACCUAGUGGGAUGAAUGGAAGUGGUGUUGGUGGCAUGGUUCCCACCAGCCUCAGCGGGCAGCAGCUGGCCUCUGCCAUCCCUUCCCCCACAGCUGGCAAGUCCUGGCGCAGCAAGUCCAUGAAUCUUAAGCACAGCGCAACUUCAUCCAUGCUGGCAAGCCCUACACACUCCCCUUCUACCACCCCAUCACCGCAAGCCCCGGAAGGGGAUGGGUCAAAAGUAGGGUCAAGUGUUGCACCACCUCAAAGGUCAAUGCUGGAGAAAUUUCGGCUGAUUAACCCCCGAUCAGCUUCAAGAGCAUCGCCGUCUGUGGUGGAGAUGGCUUUGCAGGAGGAAGAUGACCUGUCAGAGUAUGGUGAAGAUGGAUUGACGCCUACAGGGUCAGCAUGCAGCACUGUUAGUAGCAGUGCUACCGCCAAACAAAUGGCUACAAAGACCCCUGCGUCGUCCCUCACCGCACCGAGCAAAACGUCCUCAUCUUCAUCCUCUUCUUAUUCAAAGGCGUCCGCCAGUGGUAGCAGGUCUCAAGCCUCCUCCAAAGACAAGGAGGACAAGAGCAAGUCUGGGAAGCCUUGUAAGGACAGCUCUCCCCCGAAAGAGGAGCGUGAUACAUUUCCCGAGUCCACGAAGAAGACUUCAAAAAUCGCGAGCCUCAUCCCGAAAGGAGGGAAGUCAUCGUCAGGGAAGAAAGAUGGUGGCGCCCCCUCAGCUUCAAGCGGCAUCCCAAAGCCAGGACUUAAAGCUCCCUCGGCAUCAUCAGCAAAGCCGCAAAGUCAGUCCCAGGCCCAAAACCAGGCCGCCUUAAACAGCAGCGGAAAUAUGCGGGGAGGAGAGGGAGAGAGAGCCAAGCUAACCAAAGGGGGGCAAAGUGGGAGUUUCUAUAUCCAACGCUCCGUAGGGGGCCCAGAGGGCAAACGGACCAGCAUGACCUUGUCCACCAGCACAUCAGCCCUGUCGGCGUCCACUGUGGGAGGAAGUGGGGGAGGGGGAGGGGGAGGAACACCAGGAGGAAAUGGAGUAGUUCAGCUUCCCCAGCAGCAGCAGCACAACCAUCCCAAUACAGCCACUGUGGCCCCCUUCAUGUACAGGACAUUCUCAGAAAAUGACUGCACCAUGGUGGCCCCAGCCGACCCCUGCCUCAGCCCCACCAAGGGAGAGCUAGUCUACAGCAAGACAGCCAAACAGUGCCUGGAGGAGAUAUCAGGAGAAGACCCUGAGACAAGACGUAUGAGGACAGUAAAGAACAUCGCUGACCUACGGCAGAACCUUGAAGAGACCAUGUCCAGUCUACGGGGGACACAGAUCAGUCACAGUACAUUAGAAACAACCUUUGACACGACAGUAACCACUGAGGUGAAUGGGCGGAGUAUACCUGCCCUCGCCGCACGCUCCUCCCCCAUGUCCUGGCGCCUGGGCCAAUCACAAACCCCACGUCUCCAGGCAGGUGAUGCCCCCUCGAUGCCCAGUGGCUAUGCUGCACCCAGGGCGAGCACAACAGGCGCAGGCACCACCACAGGGCGCUAUAGUGGGCACUCGGAGCCCUCCAGAUACCUUACAGAUGGCAGCCUUCAUCUGUAUGCACGGAACACCGGCCGAGCCUCUGAUGCAGCUUCUUCUCGAGACAUAUCCCAAAGAGGAAGCAAAGAGAUGCAGGGUGACAUUGACAGCUGGGAUGACAGCAGCUCAGUGAGCAGCGGCCUAAGUGACACGCUGGACAACAUCAGUACUGAUGAUCUGAACACACCCGCAUACUCCUGUGUCAGCUCAUCGCGCAAAAGCAAAGGAGCGCAGUCCCAGAAAGGAAGCAGAUCCAAGCAUGCGGAGCAGGAGGUGAGCAGCAGUUGGGCUGGAGCUGAGGACCUGAAGAAGGUAGAGGAGGAGCUGGACGCAAGCAUGGAUCCUAGCAGUGGCCUUUCCCGCUGGAAGCCCUCCUCAUCUUCCCCAUCCUGCCAAACCCAGGGCCAGUAUGAGGACGCCAGUCAGAAGGCAGCUGCGCUGGCCCAGAUGUCCCAAACAGGCUCAUGGAGGAGGGGUAUGACAGCCCAGGUGGGCAUUACACCACCCAGAACCAAGGGGACGUCUGCUGCCCUGAAAACACCAGGCAAAACCGAUGAUGCAAAGGCCUCAGAGAAGGGUAAAGUGCCUUCCAAGAGCUCAUCUGGCAUCCAGCGCUCACCCUCAGAUGCUGGCAGGAGUAGUGGGGACGAAGGCAAGAAACCCCCUUCUGGCAUCACACGCCCACCCAACACAGGCUCAUUUGGAUACAAGAAGAUCCAGGGUGCCACUGGCACCCUAAUUACCUCAAGUGGUGCGACACUCGCCAGUGGCUCAGCCACCCUGGGCAAGGCACCCAAAUCUUCAGCUGCCAUCAGCAAAGGUGCAAGCAUCAGUGGUGUGCGGAAGACCAGUCUGGAUGGCUCGCAGCCCCAGGAUGAUGGCAUCCUGCUCAGCUGCAGUGGCUCAAAAGUGACCCUGCAGUACCGCUCCUUACCCAGGCCAGCUAAAUCCUCCAGUGGGGUGGCCGCAGGGCGCAGCGGGCAUCGCUCCAGCUCCAGCAGCAUUGACUCAAAUGUCAGUGGCAAAUCAGCUGGUGGGACAACAAUGCAAACAGGCGCUAAACGCAGGGACGGGAAAGUGGGCUCAGAACGCUCUAGUCCCAUCACCAUCAACCAGACAGAUAAGGAGAAAGUGGCGGUGUCAGAUCAAGACCCAGCAGCAGGACUAUCCACCUCCCCAAAGUCUAGCCCCACCUCCACCUCAACAGGCCAGUCAGGCCUCAGGCAACCAGGCUCCAAGUACCCCGAUAUCGCUUCUCCAACCUUUCGCAGAUUGUUUGGUACCAAAGCUAGCAGCAAGGCCAGCUCUCCUGGCACGCCCGACUCUGGCAAGUGCCCCUCAAUACUGGGCAGCCCGCACGGCACACUGGCGAGACAAGCCAGUCUGGACUCGCCUUCCUCUGGCACUGGGAGCCUGGGCAGCACUGGCGGCCUGAGCGGUGGCAGCAGCCCUCUGUAUGGUAAAACCCCAGACCUGUGCACCGACUCCCCGGCCUCCAGCCCAGCCUCUGGCCUCUCCCUGCCCUCCAACGCUCGGCCCUGGCCUGCCUGUAGCUCAUCUGCUGGCAGCAAGGACACACUGAGCUGCCAAAGCAUGACCAGUCUGCACACCAGCUCUGAGUCCAUUGAUAUACCGCUGGGCCACCAUGGGCCCAAGGUUACACGAACCGGCAGUGUCAAGUCCACCCUGUCUGAGGGCAUGCCACUUGACAGAAACACACUUCCCAAAAAGGGACUGAGAUACCCUACCUCCUCCAGGCAGACAUCUCACGAGGAAGGGAAGGAGUGGUUGAGGUCCCAUUCAACAGGAGGCCUUCAGGAUACUGGCAGCCAGUCCCCUCUGUCUCCUCCUGGAGCCUCUUGCACCACCACAGGAAAAUACCACUACUCCAACCUCU